GCCAGUCCAUGGCGUAUGAUUAACUGAUGCGCGUUGGUUGCCCUUGACCAUGACAGGGAUGGAUGAUUUGUUCUAUAUUCAGUGACCCAACUGUCGGAUGGUUCGGCUAGGGCUCACUGACAUUUCACUGGCCCUACAAGACUUAUGCGGUCAGCAUCAAAUUUGGAUGACUUACAGAGCUAUUGAUUUGUUUACCGCUACAAGUACCGAAUUGUAUAAUUUUAUGUAUGACUUAUUCGAUUUCGUAUUUUUGCUCUGAGGAACAUCAACACUUUCUAUAGAAGUGAGAUUUAGCUUGUCAUGUGUAUUCAACUCAAUCUGCUGUCACUAGCGUGAGUUGUUUAAGUGACUAUCGUUUAAAAGGUAUUGAGUGGAGCGUGCUGUCCAUACUCUGCCAACAUAUAUUAUACCUCCAAACUAAUCGUAAAGUGUCAAAGGCUCGAGAUGUCAUCGAAUGAAGUAUUCUCAUUUCCAGUUACUGUAACGUUCGCCAUUUGUAUAUCUAUGAUUCAGAUACUUGAUGGUCCCGAUGGUGAGGAGAAUUUUGAGAUGGCUCGUGCUCGUAUUUGGCAGUUACGUCGCAAGUCUGAUUGGAGUUUCGAUCGACUUGUUGCUGAUUUAACUCCAUCUAGUCAGUGCGAGCUAACUUUCGAAAUGAUUCAUAUGGUGUCGUAUGUUGAAAAAGUUGCUCCGCCUGGAAUGCUAAGCGUUUUUCCGUCGCCAUUUCAAAGUGCCGAGGCAUGGAUCAGGGACAGGUGGAUUUUUCGCGAGAACAAUUCAGCUAAAUCCAUGGAACAUACUUUACCACUUAAAAAGGGAUUAAGAAUCGCUGAUCCUGUAUCUCCCUCAAACCAUGCCUUCAAUAAUGAACUGAAGAAUAGGAAAGUAAUGAAAGUUGACCAGAAUUCGACCACGACAGUGUCGGGACCUACCGUACACAAAGCCAAUCGUUCACUCCCUGGAUUUCAAACUAUUUUGCAGUGUGGAAAGACACUUGUUGAUGAUACUUUAUUGGGGAAAACUGACACAGAUACGUCUUAUGAGUAUCCUAGCUUAUCGCUAAUUCACACGUCGAAUUCACAGCAAGAAACCUUGCAUUAUCCGUCUGACUCACCUCCAUAUAUGCUUGUCGGGAGAUCAAGAGAAUCACUGGAGAAGAAUUAUGAGUCAUCUUCAAAACAGAUUUCUACUAGAGCUUCUCUUAAAAGUGAUAAUGGCUCCAAACGAAAUAAUAGUGGACAUUUUCUUAUGACUAGUGAAAAAAGCCAAAAUCUGAUAAACUCAGAAAACACCGAUAUUGGUCAAUCGAAAUCAAAUAUGCUGAAUAUAUUUUAUGAUCCUUUAGGAUUGGAAACGACUAAUUGUGAUAAUAGUUAUCCUGUAGUUGACAGGAAUAAAAAAGUGUCUAAUCCUUCACAUAGUCUUCAUACAUCUGAUGGUAGACAUAAUUUGCUUGAAUCGAAAGACAAUGCUCUAGAUGAUAUUAGCACAAAAAUGAAUGUUUGUAUGGAUGAUACGUUUUUAUUGGAAUUUUUAGACAGAAAUUUGGCUGGAACCGAUUCCAAAACUAAUGCCAAUUUCGCCGAACGAUGUGGUUUAAAUUCUCCAACAGCUUUUGUCGAAGAUAUGAUUAAAAAAGCACAGAAAACUCUAAAUCAUCAGUAUAAAUGCUAACAGUUCUUUAAUUAACUGUCCAUUCCGUUUUUUUCUGUAUUAAUCUCAACUGCAUUUAUAUAUCAUAGAACAAUUUGGUAUUUUACUGGUAGUGUUCCGAAUUCCGGUUUGUCUUAGUUAUAAUCUUCUAGCAUAUCUAUUUCUGUCCUUGAAUUUUUCUUACUUCACUGUUGUAACUCGAAUUAUUGUAAUGAUGGCAAAAAAGUAAUCUUACGCCAUCCGUUUCGAUAACCUUGAAUAUUGUAAUGAGAGGUUAAUGGUUAUCUGAACCAUGAGAUACAUAAACAUUAUUAGGCUAAUAACAUAAAUUAACGUGUUAAGGACUUUAUGUGCGGCGUACUAAUGUCGUGUUUAAUUGCCCUUAUAAGAUUUUGGUUUACUUACCUCAGUGUUUCUCCAAAAUGUAAUUUUCGUCAUUUUUUAUCCUUGUGUAUAUUUAAAUUCCUUCAUCGUAACUUCAAAACAGAAUGUUGCUUCAUUUUUCUGAGAAAUCUCUUUCUAAUUUGAAAACACUUUGAGUUACAACUGCGUUGUAUCAUUAGAUUUUGGUUUUAUAUGUUUGUCGUUAGUGUAACCGACUCUAAUUUUGAACCCUUUACUCUUGAGUCACUUCAUAUAUUUCAUGUUUAGAUUUAAGUACAAUCGCUGAUGGUAUAAAACCGGCUGUAUUAUGUU